GUCGGCACUUUUUUGUUUAUCAAAAAAGGAAAGAAAAAUAAAUUUGCAACGGAAAAGUUUAAUUAGUGUUUGCGCUUUUUCAAAGGUCUCUCUCUCUCUCAGUUUUCCCUACGUUUUAUUACGUGUGCGUGCCAAGAAACGUCACCGACGCGCGCGCAGCAAAAGCUAAAGCAACAGCAGCGAUAAUAACAACAACAAGAAAACAACAACAACAAGUGAAAAACGGCAGCCAUUGAAAGCUUCUGAAAGCUUUGUUAGUGGGCAGCUUUUAAAUUGAAUUCAAUUGCAAAUAAAAUAAGCGACGACAUUCACAGUGAAACGUAGCAGCAAAUACAACAACAACAACAACAAUAACAAUAGCAACAAUAACAACAACAACAGCUACACAAAGCCCUUUUUCAAUUGACACAACAAUAACAAAAACGAGAGUAACAAUCGAGAUCGAAUGCAGUGCGCACACAUUGUUGUCAAUUAGAGAAGCAGCGAAACGUCGACGUCAGCAGCGGCAGUGCAGUCAACGUCGUCGCCGCACACAAAAGCAGCAGAAGCAUCAUCAGUAGCAAUAGCAGCAGCAGCAGCAUCCACCACAUCACAAGCGACAAUCACACUUGAUCAACAAUCAUCAGCAGCAGUCGCAGUCGCAGCCUCAGUCUCAGUCUCCGUGUCCGUCGUAAUCACAAGUUGCUGUUUUUUUGAUCAUCGGGUCGGCUUGGCUCUCGGUGCUCGGUUUGCGCGUUGUGGGGCUUGUGUUUAAUACCGAAACUGAACUGAAACUGUAUCUGUAGUUUCCUAACGGGCGAAUAUAGAACUCAUUGAUAUUUUAACCUCGUGUCCGUGUUGGUUGUGGUUGUCGCUCGACCAAGGUUCUGGCCACACAAAAUGCUUGUCUCUUUGGGCUUUACGAAGCCUCGCUUCGCCGGACUCGGAUUAAAAGUGCUCCAACUCUAGCUUAGGCUAACAGCAAAACAAGAAUAAAAUAAAUAAAACAAAAAAAAAACAACCGCAGCCGGCAAAACUAAAAAAGCAAAAGAAAAAGAACGCGCGAAACGUUUGAGCAACAACAAACAAAUUGGCCAAAAGAACUGAAUUUAUUUACAAAUCUAAAAUACUCGCGCGCGCGCAAAUGCAAGUCAAAACAAAGUUUGUGUCUUAUUUUUGGCAUUGUUUAUUUGAUUAAUCAAAAUACAGUACGAAUUUGAAUAAUUAGCAUUGCAACUCGAAAAUAAUCAAAAACUUUACUCAACAAAACUCAGAGAGAUAUACAGAGAGACAGAAAGAGAGUGAGAGAUUGAGAGCUGUAUAUAACACCCACACACGUUAACAACAAGUGACAACUACAAGCAAACAUUUGUAUACAUACACAGGCCACUCGCACGUGAAGAAGGCUUUCAAAACUUUAUCAGUUGAGCACCAAACAGAGCGCCAACAACAGAGCUUCUAUAAAUAACACACACACACACACACACCAUACACACACAUACACCGAAAGCUGUUACUCUCAACGUCUAUGUGAGCAGCGAUUAAACUUGAAGCAACACAGCAGAACGUGAAAAAAAAAUUAUUAGCAAAGCUCCGCAGUGAUUUUCACACGCAGUGGCUAAACAGAGUAAAUUUGAAACGCGUCUGGAAUAGUUGUGCCUUCGCAGUAAAAAAAUAUAUAUCUAGCUAAAAAAGAAAUAUUUUAAAAAUAAUAUAUGUGCUAUAUACGCCGUGUGUAAAACGUAAAACGUGACCAAGCAAACCAGCCAAGUGUGCAAAAGAAAGCAAAUCGAGUGUGUUUUGUUUCUACAAGAAACAAAUGCUAAAGCAAAUCGACAAAUUCAACAAAACUAGCGAGAACUCUGAGUCUUUCAUAAACUGCCUAUAAUGUGUGCCUUGUGACAGUGUCCAACACCACAAAAAAACCAACAACAACAAAAUAAAUAUCAACUGUACAAACGCGUGCCUUACAUAAGCACAUCAAAUAUAUAAAAACCAAAGCGAUUUUUGGUCAACAAAUUCAUACAAGUGCCAAAAAUAUUUUGGUUAACGCCUUAAUUAGAAUGUCAAAUAUCUGACAGCGUGCCGCUAAUAUAAACAAAAGCAACAGAUACACGCUAUAACUGCAAGAAACGUUUAAACGAGUAGCAUAUUACUCGUUACCACACAAUAUAUAAUUUUAACAAAUAUUUCUUUCGCGCAACGUUUCAAUAAAUAAUGGCUAAUAUGUCAGCAGCAAUCUGACAGCGGUUUAACAACCAACCAAACAAAAAAAAAACCCAAAACAACAACAACAGCAAUAUACAACUUACGUAUAUUUAGCAACAACUGCUAAGCGCGCGUUCCUAGUUAGAAACUAAGGAGCGUUAAACACAAGAGUGCCCAGCUCGGCUUUGGUCUAAAACCUUUUUGUGCAUCCCCAAGCGUUUAGAAACUUAACGAUAAAUGGAGAAAUCUGAAAUACGCCUGCAACGCAUGUCAAAUGAAUAUCAAUCGCAAUCAAGCUAUAUGUAUCUACGGAACAAAAUGCUGUUAAAAAUUGAAAACACACUACUUCGAAGCCAUCGUCAGCGUGAGACCACUGGGAUUAAGAAACUAUACAAUUCGUUUUUUGUACUGUUUUAAUUUAACGGACCGUACGCCAACUAGAACGCACAACGAAUUUUUGUCAACUGUCAAAAGAGGAAAACAAAAUACAUAUUUUAAAAUAUAAAAACAAAAAAUUGUUACAAGAUUAUUAAAAAACUAUAGAUAUUAUUUGGUUGUUAGUUGUAUUCCGAAAAUCCCCAAGUGCUGUGCAAAGCAAAUAAACAUUUUUUUAAAAACGGACCUCGUGUCAUGUUCUUCUUCCUCUACUACUACUACACUUUUUAAAUAAACAACAAACAAAAUGUUGACCUAAACAAAAAAAAAUAAAAACCCAAAAAAAAAAAACACCAUACAUAUAUAUAUAAACAUUGUUAUACACAAGAACUAUUUUCUACUUCGAAUAUAAUUUAAAAUAAUUUGUUAAACAUAAACAAAUUGUUAAGGUGGCUCAAGCUGCAAAAGCUUGACAAAAUUGCAUGCGAAAACUGAACGGUAACACCCUGGAACACCGUGUUUCUUUAAAAAGUGCGUAAGAAUUAGCUAAUUGUGGUUAAGAACAGAGAACC